UCCGUCAGCCAUACACGCUUUACGCCAUCUUGAAAUUACAGCCGCAAUUUGCUAGAGCGCUCUCAAAAUAAAAAGCGCAAAUAUUUUUCCCCUUACCGCCAAGGUGCCUAAUAUGAACGGUUCUCGGAACAAAUCGGCACCAACUGUCGGUAAGGGACACACGAACGCAGACACCGGCUCCGAAUCGAACCGCAGGGACCGAAAAGCUGUGGGAGGCAUGUUCAAGAAGCUGAAGUCGAGGCGCAGUCAAACGGAUAAGUGGCCCGUCGUCACGGAGGAUGAACUUAGGGCGCUCGGAGGAGAUAUUUCUCCGGAUCAUGUGCUUGGACUCCGGGCUGUCACGGAGGACUAUCUUUGCAAACCUGAAGACAAUAUCUACAACAUCGACUUCACGCGUUUCAAGAUCAGAGAUCUCGAGACUGGCACAGUUUUGUUUGAGAUCGCCAAACCUCCCAACAGUGGUCCUGUAGAGGCUGAAGAGGUGAGCGGAGAUGUUGACGUCAGUGCUGGGCGCUUUGUGCGAUAUCAGUUUACACCAGCGUUCUUGAAACUACAGACUGUCGGUGCAACUGUGGAGUUCACCGUCGGCGACCGUCCCAUUAAUAACUUUCGUAUGAUCGAGAGGCAUUAUUUUCAAGGACACCUUCUCAAGAACUUUGACUUUGACUUCGGCUUUUGCAUUCCCAACAGCUGUAACACAUGUGAACACAUUUACGAGUUUCCGCAACUUCCAGAUGACCUUAUUCGCCAAAUGGUGGCACACCCUUAUGAGACGAGAUCAGACAGUUUCUACUUUGUGGACAACAAGCUCAUCAUGCACAACAAGGCAGACUAUGCCUACAAUGGUGGUCAGUGAGACCUUUAAGUGGACUGCUGUGGAAUAUACCCAAGAAGGGAUUUUUCUAUGAUUCCUGUUAUUUUUUUUAAUUUUUUUUAUUUUUUGGGGGGGAGACUGAUGAAAUCUUCCUUAAUCAACAGAAUCAACAGAAUCAACAGCACAAAUCCCUCAUCCAAGAUUUUUGGCUAAUUAUUAAGUAUCUUACAGGGGUUGGGGACACUGAGGAAAAUUCUGUUCAAGUUUGUCAAUUGCAUGUCAUGUCACGGUUUGUGCACUGUUUUCCUUUAGUUUGCAUCUCUGCUGCAAAGGGACUAUCACAGACCUCUACUGGCACAUGUUCAGCUACAACACACUUGGCUUUAGCACAGCAGUUUUCCAAUGAAAUGACUUAAACUACCUGCUUUCUGAAAUGACGAUCGCUCCUCUUGAAGAGUGAGCCCUGAGUAGAAGUUGUAAUGUAUUGAUAAUGGUGUUUCUUUUUAUUUCUCCCUUAAUUAUUUGUAUCAUUUUUUGCAUUGCUGGUACUAUUGUGUGAAAUAUUUAAGUUACUUGUGCUUGAUAUAACAUGCUUAGUUCAUUUAUAGCCUUGUUGUAUAAACUAACAUGGACAUCAGUUGUCAUGUUCAUCCUAGAAAAUUUGGACAUUUUCAUUUUCAAAUAGCAGUUCUCAUUUUUCCAUGCCUAAUCCUGGUGCAUGCCGAAGAGUGACAUAUCAUUUUGUUAGACUUAAUUCUUUAUUUCAGGACUUUAUUUUUAUUUUUUUUAGUCUUCCAGCCACUCAAUUACAAAUCUGUUAACUUGGAAUGCAAUACCAAAUCCCAAACUGGUAUUGUUUGCAUUGCUCUAAGUUAACAAGCAGAUGACAGUGGGGUCUUAUUUUUUUGUAUUCAUUCAAAUAACUUCUUGUGCCUUUCAUCCCAAUAAUCAUUGUGAAAAAAAAAUGUGAAUUGGCAUUCUCAUGUGAGAGGACUAUGAAAUGCCGUCUUUCAUCUGAUCCUAUAGGAUUUUUUUUUUUUUUUAAAUCAUGUGAGAAUUCUGCAAAAUGAAUUUUAAAAAAUGUAAGAUGUGCAGAUGGUAAGAAGUGUAUAGCUCAGUAACAGAAAAUUUGUUGACUUUGAAUGCUGUAGUACAUAUAUUUUUUUCCCAACUUUUUUUUUUAAACUUUUGUUUGCUUCAUCAAAAUAGAUGAAAUGUUAUUUAUCACAUUUGGUGACUGGUUGACUUACUGGUUAACAACCUCGUAGUGUUGGUGGCAAUGAUUUGUCAGUUGUGUUGUACAUGAUCAUGUGAUUGCAUUUUGUAUGUUGUAUGUCAAUAGUCAUGUGAAAACAAAAUCAGAAAAGUACAAAUCUGUUUUUAAAGUUAUUGAUAAUUAAGUGGACUGGCAAUUUGCAAGAUUCACUUCCUUAAAAUGCAUUGUAAAUAAUAAAAAAAAAUGAAUGCAUUUAUAAUGUUUACUGUCAGGGGUUUUCAACCUUCAUAGUAUCCACGUUUCCUUACAAUACUUGUUGCAUUCUGAU